UUGUAGGACUAAGCGGAAGUUGUAGUAAUUGUGUAAUGGCUGACUCGUGGUAGUGGUCAGAACUGCAAACCAGUUGGAAUCCACGGGAGAACGAGCAGAGGGCGAAGGGGGUCCAGCCAGCACCAGCAGCCCUGCAGUCCAGCUCAAACAUGGCGGGCCGUGGAGGCGACGUGAUGCGUUCAUGGUCCGGGUCCGGAUCUGUCAGAGACCCCGCACCCUCUUUAGCGGUGCCCGUGUCCGUGGAGCACAAACCGGGGAAGAGGAGGAGAGCUUUCUGUCUGACCAGGAUGAAGUCCCGGAGCGGCUCCGACAGACAGCCGCAGCAGCAGCAGCAGCAGCCCGCCGCGAACAACAACAACAUCCCGUUCAUGAUCCACUGCCACAUCGGGAAGGAGAUUAAACACAUCUGCAGCAAUUGCCGGGGAGCCGAGCCGCCGGACGCUGAGGAGGUGGAGAGGUUGGCAGCGAUGCGCUCUGAUUCGCUGGUUCCAGGCACACACACGCCUCCCAUCCGGCGGCGGAGCAAGUUCGCCACCCUGGGACGUCUGUUUAAACCCUGGAAAUGGAGAAAGAAGAAGAGUGAAAAGUUCAAGCAGACGUCUGCCGUGUUGGAGAGGAAAAUGUCGACUCGCCAGAGCAGAGAGGAGCUCAUCAAGAAGGGAGUGCUGAAGGAGGUUUAUGAGAAAGACGGCUCUUCCGCGGCUGUACGCGAGGAGGUGAAGAUGGAGAACGGGCGCUCCCCGGUGCUCGGCUCCCGCCUGUCAGAGUCUGAAGGUACAGAGCUGAUGGAAGGAGCCGCUGCAGCUGUAGGCUCUCUGGACUUCCAGAUGAUAAGUGAGGGUGCAUGUCAACAGGACCACACACACAAACCCAGCCAGGCUCCGCCCACCAAGAAGUCCUCUUUGUACCCGUCUGACGGCGCUGAAUCAACGAUCUGCAGACCUCCAACGCUACACAAACAACCUCCUGCGCUGCCACCCAAACCCUUCAACAGGCUACCUAAUCACAUUACAGACGGUGCCCCGGUGAAGCUGCCGUGUAUGACGGCGAAAUUAUCUCCUCCUCUACCUCCAAAGAAGCUCUUGAUCUCCGUACCUGCAGGGAGCAUGGAGCCCCCUUCGAUCGCCUUCCAGAAGUGCCCCCCUCCUAGCCAUGCUCCUAUUGGCGGGCACUCCCUGCAGUACGGGGUGCUGCCGCUCCACCCCCCCAGCCGGAUCAUAGAGGAGCUCAACAAGACGCUGGCCCUCACCAUGCAGAGGUUCGAGAGCUCCAUGAUGCACGCUGUUCCCACGGUGAUGAUCGAAUGUGACGACGACAAGGAGAACCUCCCCAACGAGGCGGACUACGAGGACCUGCCCGAGGAGGAGGAGGAGGAGGAAGACGAGGAGGAGGAGGAGGAAGAAGACGAAGAGGAUGAAGACGAAGAUGAGGAGGAAGAUGAUGAUGAAACAUUGUUUACAAGCACACUGGCCAUGAAGGUUUUACGAAAGGACUCUCUGGCCAUCAAGCUGAGUAACCGUCCAUCGAAGAGGGAGCUGGAGGAGAAAAACAUCCUGCAGCUGCAGUCGGACCAAGAGAGAUUUGAGUCUCGGCAACAAACGGCCACAAAACUGACCAGGCGGUUGAGUCAAAGGCCGACAGCAGAGGAACUGGAACAGAGAAACAUACUGAAACCUCGGAACGACCUGGAGGAGCAGGAGGAGAAGAGGGAGAUCAAGAGACAUUUGUCCAAAAAGCUCAGCCAGAGGCCGACAGUAGAAGAGCUGAGGGAGGCGAAGAUCCUCAUCCGCUUCAGUGACUACGUGGAGGUGGCAGAGGCUCAGGACUACGACAGGAGAGCAGACAAGCCGUGGACUCGGCUAACUGCUGCCGAUAAGGCUGCCAUCAGGAAGGAACUAAAUGAGUUUAAAAGCACAGAGAUGGAGGUGCAUGAGUCGAGCCGUCAUCUGACCAGGUUUCACCGGCCAUAAGACGGACCAGUCAGACCUCGGCCACGCUCUUGUCCUGAGCCUGACGUGUUCAGGCUGCUACCUGCCGCCCUCUCCGGCAUCCUGGACACGAACACGGGGUGCUGCGGCCGUCACAGGAAACUUGACAAAACACUUUUACAAGCCCAGAUGGAUGAAACUCUCAACUGACAUCUCACCUCAGUGGAGAUUUUAGACCUUGAUAUUCAAAAAGGUUUUCAUUUUCUUUGAACAGGCGGCGACUCGUUUACUUUGCAGCACUUUUGUUUCCAAGCAAGACUUCUGGAAGUCAAACACAGAAUCUGUGCCAAUUUUUCGGAUGGGAACGGAAGGAGGUGACGAUGGGAUUUAAAUUUUUCUUUUCUACACGAGGAUUGUUUUUUUUUCUGCCUUUUCAUCAUGUUCUCGCUCUCCUUUCUCAACUGGACUUUUUCUCUAUGCUUGUGUUGGCACAGUUACAUCUCCAUCAUCUCAUUUCACCAGAGGAAUUAAAAUCUUUGUAGGCAGCUGAAUCUUGAAGCCAAAAUGUCCUAAAAUCCUAAUCAAAGUCCCAAAAUGCUCUCUGCAAGCCAGUAAAAAUUAAGAUCUCCAAGCACAUACACAUCAAUCAAACUGAGCAAUAAUUUCAGAUUUUCUCCUCACUUCUCCAUCUGUUUAUGGGCUGCAUUCAAGAGCUCACAACACUCUUCAGACUUCAGAUCCCCGCAUUAAACCAAAGCCACUUUGACUUGCUGUGGAAGUCGCGAUCUUGAAUGCAUCCCGGAGUGACUGCUGUCGAGAGUUCUGCAACCCACUGUGUCACUGUGCCUACAGUAUUGUUUACAGGGAUUUAAAAAGUUGCCAAAUUAACUUAAUGUUUCGUUUGAUACAGACUAUUAUCUGUUGACACAGCAAAAUGUUGAACUCUCUGCCAAACAAGAAAGUAAACUUCUUUUUUUUUUGUAUUUCAUUUUUUAUUGUGGUGGUAUGAAAACCCUGCAUACCGACCUUACUUUUUAUUGUUUACAGUCCAUAUUAGGUUCAUAAUUUGGCAGUUUUGACCAUAUUAUUGGGAGAACUGGUGUGUGUGUGUGUGUGUGUGCGUGUUUGUGUGUGUGUGUGUGUGUGUGUGUGUGUGUGUGUGUGUGUGCGUGUGUGUGUGUGUACAUACGUACAAGCGUCGGUGAAACUACUGUCUCUUGUAUGUGUAAAAAUGUUUUGAGAGAAAAAUGUUCUCAGAAUUAUAAGACUUGUACAUAGCAAAGAAAGUAAGCGAGACUUUUCAAAUGUUUUUUUGUAAAGCAGAAAAACUGCAUGUAGGUAUUAAUUUAUUGUGAGUCUUCUAUGAUGUAUGCAGUUUCUUAAAGAAAGAAACUUAUUAAAAAAAAAUAAGUUUA